AUGGAUCUGUCCAGGCUUACGGAUGAGGAGGUCAAGCACGUGUGGGAGGUCAUCCAGAGAGACCUCGAGCUGAGGAAGAAGGAGCAGGACAGACUUGGGGAGCUGCAGACCAGGAUCGAGAAGGACGAUGCCAAGCGCAAGCUGCUGGGCUCGUGGCCCUCGCUGUCUGAGUCCCACUGCCUCCACUGCCUCCAGCCUUUCCGGUUCCUGGUCAACAGGAAACGGCAGUGUCAGGACUGCCAGCUGUACGCGUGCGGGACGUGCAGCCGCUACAGCGGGAAGGAGCGCGGCUGGGUGUGUGAGCCCUGCCGAGCCGCCCGGGUCCUGAAGAUCGGAACGUUGACCUGGUACCAUGACAACGUGCACUCUCGUUUCAAGCGCUUUGGCGGUGCUAAAGUGUUGAGGUCGCUGCGCAAGAGGUUGAGUGAUGCGGGUCGCCGUGACAACGACACGUCUGCAGUGAAUGGACACAGUGGCCAUGACGAUGAAGACAUGGAUACAGUGGAGACCCAGCGCUAUAUGCAGGUGAGGAAGACGAGGCGUUUGCUGUCUGUCCACCCCUUGGAUCUGGACAUGGACAACUACAGUAGCCAUUCCCGCCGACAUUCUGUACAGCACUCCCAGGACGCGCGGGGGCGGCCGCGGGGUGACACGGAGUGUCGUGCUGACGCCUGUCAUCAUCAUCAUCAUCAUCAUCACCUCAUGAAUCGUAGAAGGAGUCUGGACCCGUUGUCAAUGCCAGACGAUGCUAUGCACUUUGAGCACAGAAUGGUGCGUGCUCGCUCACUGUCCAAAAUCAACGCCGUGCCCCAACGCAGCGCGGUGUCCCUGUACAUGGACACCUCUGAGGACGAGGACGGACUCCGUGGUCCCAUCUACCAGCCCCACCCCCCGCGCCGUAGCCACGCCCAGGAGAACGUCAGUCUGAGUGCACCGCAGAUUAAUGAACUGAGCAAGAGAAUGUCUGCCAUUGAGACUCUGCUGAACCACUUGGAGGAGAAGAUGAUGAACCCUCCUGAUCAGCUGUCAGCAGGCCAGCUGGAGGAGGAGAACCUAAAGAAGAAGCUGGAUGAGCUGAUGAGUGACAGGGCGUUGUCCUCCGAUGAGGAGCAUCCCAGAAGGCCCGCCCCCUCCAGGGGUCCUGGGGUGAGGGGCAGAACCAUCAGGGAACAGGACCCGUCAGCUCCAAUGGCACAGAAAGCUGCUAUGAGCUCUUCCAGUGAUGAUGAGAUACCCACUGAGGCACAGAAGAGAUCCACUGCUGCAGCACUUUGUGACAUCACAAUCAAGGUUCUAAGAACCCUCAAUGCCGUUGAAAGUGUUCAAGCUGAGUUGGCCCCCCCAGACCCCCCUGACAGACCCCAGUUAGGGGCCACAGAUGUAAAAAAAGCUUCUGAGGCUUACAGACAACUCGAGGAAAAUCUGUACCUGACCGCAGGGAAAUCCUUCAACAUGGAGAGGAAGUUGAGGCUGCUUGAACAGAAUGCUACUAAACAUUACCUCCCCCUCACCGACUCCGAGCUGUCUGAGCUGGAGGAACAACUUUCCAUAGCAGCUGCUAAGGUCCAGAGCACAGAGAGUGAGGUUUCAGACAUUGAGAAUAAGAUUGCUGCUCUCAGUGUGUCAGGACUCUCAAUGGACAAAGCCAAGAAAAAGGCAUCAAGCAUACAACAAAGAAGAAAAAUGACACAGGACAUCAGCAUAAACAGAGUUCCCUUCUGAUCACCAGAAUGAUGUCACUAAGCCAGCAUACUUCCUCUGUGUGAGCCGAUGAACAUUCUACAACUGCACGUGUAUGAACCUAUUGACGCAGUCGCUGGGAAUGAGCACCAGAUGAGACUUGGUCAAAGCUGCCGAUGGAAUAGCAGGUGUAUAUGUUUCCAUAAGGGUGAAAAUGAUACUGUAGGCUGUGAUACAAAUAGUUCAGUAAGAUAACUCCAUGGAUGAUAAAAACCGUAUGUACUUCACUGCAAAAUACUUUAAGCCCAGUUACUGUAAGUGUAGCCAACACUGGGUAACGCUUACGUAAACUCGGACCACACAUCUGACAUUGGAAGGGAUUAGUGGCCAUUUAUGUUUGGAACAGAAUUCAUGGGACACACUGUGUGUGUGUCUGUUGUGUGCCCAGAGCAGCACUUAUGUAGAGGUGCAUGUGACUUUAACUGUACUGCUGCUCUAUGUCUUGGUUGUUGCUCUUCUUCACAUCGAUGAGAAGAAGUAGAGUAGUCUCCAGUGAGAUGUAGAGUAGUCCAGUGAGAUUUAGCAGGAAAUAAUCCAGUGAGUAUAGUAGUCCAGUGAGAUGUAGAGUAGUCCAGUGAGACAUAGAGUAGUCCAGUGAGACGCUCCUCCUUCUCAUGGUUUUGCCAAGCAAAAAUUUAGAAUAAGCCAGUGAGUAUCGUAUCCCAGUGAGACGUAUAGUAGUUCAGUGAGACAUAGAGUAGUCCAGUGAGAUUUAGCAGGAAAUAAUCCAAUGAUUAUAGUAGUCCAGUGAGACGUAAAGACGCCCAGUGAGACGUAUAGUAGUCCAGUGAGACGUGGAGUAGUCCAGUGAGACGUAGAGUAAUGCAGUGAGAUUUAGCAGGAAAUAAUCCAGUGAGUAUAGUAGUCCAGUGAGACGUAGAGUAGUCCAGUGAGACGUAGAGUAUUCCAGUGAGUAGUCCAGUGAGACGUAGAGUAGUCCAGUGAGACGCUCCUCCUUCUCAUGGUUUUGCCAAGCAUUUCCUGCUAUGUGUGAAAAUAUUCACCCCAUGUCUUAAAAAGAUGUCCCAGUUCUCAGUCAUCUUCUCUGUCUCUGCCACUCACAUAGCCUGUCAGUAAUUUAUUCCUCCUCUUCCAAGCAAAUAUGAAACAUUGUAAACAGACUGCAGUCUAGGCAUUUGUCUCUCAUCCUUUCAGGACAUAACACCAAUUCAGCUUCGCUGAGAGUGCUGUCAGUAACAGUCUGUUAGUGGUCUGAUGCAUCAUGACUAAGUGCUCUAGGUAAGUGUGUCCCGUAGACGUAGUGUGUGAUAGUGUAACCCUGUUAACACCAACUGCUCAACAAAAACUUUAGAAAGUCAUUACAAAAUGAAGAAUCAGAAAACAAAUCUCUUUAAUGUUUAAUAUAUUUACAUACAUAUUUCAUCAGUAGCAGAAGUGCACAUUACUAAUUCACAUCAUCUUAAGAUGCUGACAAUUUUAGGGUGAUGUGCUUCAUGUCCAUAUGUAUGUGUGCUUUGAAAACGCAAUUAUUAAAUUCUUAACGUGUUGGUCAGUUUUGUCUUUGCAUUGUUGGAGGCUUGUGCAUGUGUAGGGGUAACUGCCUUCUCAGUUAACUGCUGCCCCCUGGAGGACAUUCAGAAUUCCACCAGACUUCCGUCUCUGAACAUUUAAUUCAUUGCACAGGACACCAAACAGGACUGUGUCUAUUUACGGCUGUUUACUGCUGUUUUAAAAUUACUGGGUGAGAGAUUGAUGCAUUUAAGUGUACUUUUGUUCAACAUUUAAUGCUACAUUAUAAAUAUAUACAGUGAAAUAUAAGGUAGCUAGUAAAUGGUUUUUCAUACAACACAGUAGGAACCAUUUAUUAUGCUGUAGUUACCCGUCAAAGACUCACGAGGGAGGCAAUGGACCACUUAUACCGACGAGGUCGCAAUAUUUUCACUGGUCAGACCCGAAUCUUUGACCUGAUGGACGGACCGAUGAAUAAGUAAAUAAGUAAAUACCUAAAUAAAUCAAUUCGUAAUUUGUAGAUAGAUAGAUAGAUAGAUAGAUAGAUAGAUAGAUAGAUAGAUAGAUAGAUAGAUAGAUAGAUAGAUAGAU